AUGUUUCCUUCAUCUUGGGACAGACCGAGCUGUAAGAACUGGCAGGAUGUCCGAGUGUUAAUGUGCCGAGGGAAGGCAAUGCAAGAUUUCAAAGGUCCGGAUUGUCGCUUUGUAAAUUUUAAGAAGGGAGAAGCGGUGUACGUGUAUUACAAACUAAUAGGAAAAUCGACUGAGCUUUGGGCUGGAAGCGUUGGAAGUGAUUUUGGAUAUUUUCCAAAGGAUUUACUUGAAAUAAAUCAUAAUUAUUCCAAUGAGGAGCUAGAAUUACCAACAGAUGAAACAGACUUUGUUUGCUUUGAUGGCGGAAGGGAUGAUUUUGAUAAUUAUAAUGUGGAUGAGCUUUUGAAGCAAGAGAUGAUAGCAAAUGAAGGGGAAACUGAAUCAAGUGAUCCAGGAGCAAAACCAGCUGAAGGAACUGAGAGGGAUGAGGAGAUUGAGCAGGCUGAUACAAUAAAUUCCCCUGAUGCUUUGGAGACAGCCAAUCUUGAGCUAAGCACAGAAGAAGACAACGAAGCACUCGCGAUGACAGAGGAAUUAGAUAGUUCUCUUACAGGAGGAACUGAAAAUACUGGAGGAGACUCCAGUGUCAAUAGUCAUGAAGAAGACUCUCAGGGAGAUCACGUUGCACAUGAGCACUUGAAAGGAAUGCUACAUGGGAAACUAAAAGGGCUAGAAAGCGAAAAUACCAAAAAUACUAGUAUUCCUCAGGGUGAAACCAGUCAACUUGACAAAGAGAGUGAAGAAGUCAAUGCCUAUACACUUUUAAACAGAGAGUUCUCUGUGAACUUGAAAACAAAAUUUGGCUCAACUGCUGAUGCUGUUGUAUCAGACGAUGAGGUGACUGGCCUUGUUACAUCGCUGGAAGAUGAUUUUAAUGAAGAUUUGAGCAUUAAUACUUACGAUGCAGAGGAGGAGCCAGACUUUGCAGAUCAGUCUGAAGAAAUCCCUUUACUGUCUUUUACAGCAGAGGAAGAAAUUACAUCCCCAGCGGAUUUAGAUGAUGAUGAAAAUGAUGACAUUGAGUCACAAAAUCAUGAACUUGAAGAUGCAAAGGGUGCUACAGAGCUAAAUAACCAAAGAGACAAUGAGGAAGAACAUGAUUCAGAUGCAUUAAUUCUUAAGGAUGCCUUCAGUAGGAGCAAGAAGUUAGGUGACAGUGUACAUGAGGACAGGUUUGAAUCUCAACAAAUUAAAGAGAAAGAGGAUGAGGUGAUGAUAAUUAGUAAGAGAGAAGCACCAGCAACAACUCAACCUGGGGAUCUCUCCAAAGAACUCCUUAGAAAGGAACCUGUAGGUAGAGGUGCCCUGGGUUCGGGAGAAAAAGCAAACGAAACUGAACAGUUUGAAGAGCAGCUCACGGUUGAUGGAACUGAGUCAUAUACUGAAGAGCUGAAGAGUACAGCUGUGCCUGAUCCUCAUGUUUUGCCUAAUCCAGGAGAUGAUCUGGAGUCCAAAUUACUGUUUAAAACCAAGCAAGAUGCUUUAAAACCACCUGAUGGUGAUAUCAACAAUAGUCCAGAAAGAACGCUGCUUACUCAAAUAGAGAAAGAUGAGAAAAAGUUUGAGGAUGACACCUUGGAAGAGGUCUUGGAAAGUGAUUUAAAGCACAAAAAUUUAUGGGAGAAAACAAAAGAGAAAGGAAGAGCUGAGGACAAGCAUUCUGUUGAUGUUCCAGCCAAACUGGUGGAAGAGGUAAAAAAUGCAUCUCAAAGUGACUUAGGAGAUACUGACCUCUUAAAAGAGAAACUGGAGCAUGGAAUGCCCGCUGUGGAGAAGGAGCCUCUAAGCCAUGAAGAAGAUUUGAAACAAACAGGGGAGACCGAUCGUGAAAAUCAAACAACGGCUUCUCUUAACAAAGAAUCUGGAAUAAAAAGGGGAAGCAUGAAAGAAACCCCUGCAGGGGAAGGAGACCCAAGCCAUGGAGGAGAUGUCAAGCAACCCAGGCCAUGGGAAAAUGAGGCUGAGUAUUCGGAGGCAGAUACGAAAGAAGCGCUUUCAAGAAAUCUUGGCAGGAUGACAGUGUUUGAAGAAAGCAUUGAGAAAAGUCUCCCUGAAGAAAAAUCUACAAGUAUUACCCAGAACACUAACACAGAACAUCUUACUCGGCAAGGAACUGCUCGUACUGAGGAUGCAGAUUCAGACAGAAAUCUUGGCAGAAAUUUAUCUAAAGAAAAAAUGCUACAACCAGAAUUGCAGUCUGAAGAGCCCGAUGCUGAAGAUGACCCUGAUCUGAAACAAGCAGAGGAGGAGCUACUGGAGGAUGAGAAUGCUGCAAGUGCAAAGCUGUCACAAGCAAAGGCUGCAAAUGCACAGGGUGAUAUGCUAAAUGCUACAAGUGCAGACCCUGAAUUAGAAGUAAGAAGUCAAGCUGUUCUGGGAACUGCAACUCCGACUUAUGAAAUAGGAGAGGAAACAAACUCAUUUUCUAAGGAGGUUAAAAAAACAAUCAGCAUGCAAGAUGCAACGGAGAGUGGGAACAAAGAAGUUGACAUACCAGUGGGCGAAGAUGCUAGACUGGAUGAGAUGGAACGUUUCAUGGAAGAUGAUGAAGAGUCUUCUGAAGCUGAGGAACCGUCAGCUGUGGAAGAGCAUAAUUUCCAAUCUCCUGAUGUGGAAGACAACAAUGACUUUAACCAAAGGAAAGACCAUCUCCCAGAGGACAUUUCACAAAAAGACUCAAAAGAGGUGCAAAAUUCAGAGCAUACAGGAGAUGACCACCAGCAGCCUGCACAUUUCCCCAGCCCUGCUGACAGCUCAGCAGCCACAAAUGACACUGUAACAGACUUCAGUGAGUCUGUGAAGCGUCUCACGAUAAUCAGAAAUUUUCUUGAUGAAAAGCGUGUAAUGCGUCUACGAAAGUACCUUGGGCUUCAACACAUGGUUAGGAUAGAAGCCAUAUUUCACGACAUGAAGGUAGAGAUGGAGCUUGCUCAGAAGGCAAGCCAUAAUAACGAAGAUAUAGAAAAAGCCUUGGACCAGAUACUGGAGUUUUCAGAAUCGAGCAUUAUGGAUAUCGUGGGAAAAGUUCUGGAUUCUAGAGUGGCAGAAAAUAAAGAGGAGGUGGUGAGAGAGAUGGAUUUGUAUGAUGACGAGAGCGCACUGAUAGAUGACCUUCAAGAAUUAAUAUAUUCUUUAAGGAGUAAAUAUUCAUCUGCUAGUGAGAGCGUCCCACUUGCAUUUAUUCCAGAACAGGAAGAUGAUCAGCUGCACGUUCAAGAUGGUGCAAAAGAGCCUAAAUAUGACAGAGUUUCUAUCAGCAACGCAAAUGCCAUUGAUAAGAGCAAUCAGAAAUUUCAGCAGCCUGAAGAUAAGACUCCAGAACAGCCUAUUGAGGAGGAAGAGGAGGAGGAGAAGAGGGCUGCUAAUGUUCCCCCUGAGCACGAAGAGGCCAACUUCGCAGAUAAUAGAGAAGCUGAAGAAGGAUACAAUAGUGAAAGAGGAUCACUGCUGGAAGAUACUUCCUUUGGGCCAGUUGAUUCAGGACAGAGUGCCAGAGAAGAUACUGUUGCAGCCCGCGGGCUGUACCCGGCGCUCGCGCCCUUUGCGGGCAGUUGGUGCUCUCUGGCCGCCCUGGUUGCUACCCUGCCUGAGGAAAUUCGUCCUGGGCCUGAUUUCCAUGGACUUCCAUGGGAGCCUGUUAUUAUCACUGCCCUGGUGGGAAUUGCCACACUUGCUAUAAUUUUCUGGAGAACCUGCCUUUCAGUAAAGAGUAGAAUGUAUCAAGUGACUGAAAAGCAACUUGCUGAAAAGAUUAAAAACCUUCUGCAAGAAAAAACAGAAAUCUUAGAAAAGAUGUCAGAAUACAAUCAAAAGAUAAAGGAAGCAAAGGAAUCUGUGAAAGUGGCCCAAGAAGAAAAAGACAUUCUCUGCGAUGAAACUGCAGGGCUUAAGGACACUGUCAAAGGACUGGAAGAAGCAAACCGUCAGCUAGAUGACAAAGUAAAAAAUCUGCACACAAUGCUUGAAACGGAGAGGAAGAAGAAUGAGAAGAAACAGAACAAGAUCUCUGAAACCCAGAAAUCCUUGGAGAAACUUCAAGAGGCUAUCAGUGUGCAUUCUGUAGAGCUUUCAGAGGUACAGAUAGCCCUUAAUGAAGCUAAACUAAGUGAAGAAAAGGUGAAAUCUGAGCUUCAUCAUGUGCAGGAAGAGAAUGUUAGGCUCAAAACGAGCAAGGAGCAACUGCUAAAAGAAGCUGAAGGCUGGAGUGAGAGGCAUACUGAGCUCAGUGAGCAGAUCAAACUGUAUCAGAAAUCUCAGAAGGACAUAGAAGAAGCACUUGCGUACAAGGAAAAUGAAAUUGAAGUUUUAACCAACUGCAUUAUGCAGCUGAAGCAGCUCGACAUGGAUUCAGCAUCUGAGGCCAAGAAGGACGGUGAAGGGGGUGAAUGGAGCGCGGGAGACGAUCUGGCCAAUGGAGAGUUGCCAGAUAAUGAGAGUGAGAAGAUGAAGACUCAGAUUAAGCAGAUGAUGGAUGUCUCCAGGGUAAAAACUAUGUUAUCCAUAGUUGAAGAAGACAGAAAUCUUCUGCAGUCCAAACUGAGUGAUGAAGUAACAGCAAGACACGAGCUGGAAGAGCAAAUAAAAAAAUUAGAACAUGACUCCUGUUCGCUCCAGUCAGACAAAGCUCGACUGGAAAAUGAAUGCAAAACGCUACAGCAGAAAGUGGAGAUUCUUGGUGAACUUUACCAGCAGAAGGAGAUGGCGCUCCAAAAAAAACUAACCCAGGAAGAAUAUGAGCGUCAGGAGAAGGAGCAGAAAUUGUCUGCUGCAGAUGAAAAAGCCCUGCUAGCCAUUGAGGAAGUGAAAGUUUACAAGCAAAGGAUCCAAGAUAUGGAAGAAGAACUGCAAAAAACAGAGAGAUCUUACAAAAACCAGAUUGCUGCUCAUGAGAAAAAGGCACACGACAAUUGGCUUAUUGCGCGCUCUGCUGAGAGAGCUCUGGCUGAAGAAAAAAGAGAAGCAGCCAACCUGAGACAAAAGUUAAUAGAAGUAAACCAAAAAAUCGUCAUGCUUCAAAGACCAUUAAUUGUAAAGCCAACGCCAGGCAGACCUGAUCGCCAAGUCCCACCCCGACGAGGGCCCUUAAGCAGAGAUGGCUCUUUUGGCCCGUCACCUGUGAGUGGCGGAAAUCCAUCACCCACACAGAUGAUAGAAGUUCCUGCUCGGCCCCUUUCUGCUCCUCGAAGGGAAGGCUCAAGAGGUGAAUUCGGUACAGUGGUAGACGGCCCCCCUGUUCCUCGAAGGCCACCAGAGUUACCUGGAAGGAUGUCUGUUCCUGAUCUCGGACCUGCUGUCGCGUCCUUGAUCAGUAGUGGGCCUGGGCCAAGAACCUCCUCCCCUUCCACAGCAGUGGAUGGAGUGGCUAAUGCUAGUCCCAAGGGCCCGCCUUCCUUCCCUGGGACACCUAUCAUGACUGCCCCCGUGAUGGGACCUCCGCCUCCGCCGCCUGUUCGCUACGGACCGCCGCCGGCUCCUCUCCGUGGGCACUUCGGGCCUCGACCUCUUCCUGUGCCCCUAGUUCGUGGCGCUCCCUUGCCACCUCCAGCUGCAAGAGACUUCUUACCUGGCCCACCCUUAGGAAUGAGAGAUCUGCCGCCCGGCCCACUCCCGCCGCCUCCGGAUCCCAGAGGGACUACCCCCCAGGCCCCCCACCGCCGCUGCCACCGCCGGCGGGCUCAAAGGACUACCCCCAGCCUCCCGCGCAGAAACCCUGACCGCCAGCGUCUGGUCCGCAGCUCCACGGAAUGGACUCCAGCGCCCUUCUUGCGGUCAGGAUUUUAG